AUGGACGCGCCACCUUCGAAGAUGGCGGUGAUGGCCGCGCCAUCGGCUGCUGCCAGCGUGUCCGCGCCUGGUGCGCCCAGGCUCCGGCCAUGCUGCGCUGCUCCGACGCGGACUUCCAAGAGUUCUUCCUGCCGAGUGCCUUAUCGGGGCUGUGCCGCGGUCCUGGGCUGCUUGCUGAGCUGUCGGCUGCGAAGAGGCCCUCACCUUGCACGCAGCAGGGCCAAGGAUGACGAGGAGGUGCCCGGCGCCGCCAAGGCUUCGUCCCCGCCAAGAGCGGCGAAGGCGCCAGAGCGCGAGGCUUGCGUCAGUGCCAAGAAGGUCAUGGGCUGGGCCAACUGGCCGCCGACAAACCUGCAGCAGGUCAUGAACCUCUAUGGUGGGACUCGUCGCUUUCUCAUAGUCAACGUGCCCCUGCUCUUUGUGGGGCUCGGGGCCAACCUACUUGGAUCCUUCAGCGCGCUUCUCUCUCUGGAUGCUUUCACUCCAUUGGUGAGAUCGCUGCGUUUGGAUGGAGUCUACGCAGUGCGGGGGCUGAAACGGCACUACAUCGAUGGGCUAUCCUGCACCUUCACCUAUCCUGGUGACUGGGUCUACGAUGCUUCCCUGGAGAUCUCCCGGUAUCGCCGCCAGGAGAAGACUCUGACGCUCGGAGGCGGACGCAACACAGGUGCACCCUUGCCCCUCGUGGCUGUGUGUCCGCAAGAGGGCUCCGAUGCCAGCGUGGCACUCUAUGCCGUGCCCGCAGCGGGUUCCACGAUGUCCGAGGCGCUUGGGUCACCAGAGCAGGCGCAGAGUACUGCAGGUACCCUCGCCCUGGGAUACCUGCCGGCGCGCAAGGGCAAGGAGGCGAAAGCUGACCUGGUCUCAGCCAAAUCAAUUGCCGGGGACCAGGACAGCUAUCAGUUGCAGUGGCGUGUGGUUUACUCUGAAGACGGAGCACCCGCGCAAAACCUCUUCUGGGAUGUCUGGGCAUCUCUGCAGUUGACGACCCUGGCUUCGGGCAAGCCCUAUCUCCUUGUCCUCGCCGGCAUUGCCAGCGCCUCCUCGGACGCCGCGCAGCGCGCGCGGGUGGAGGAGGCCUCCAAGAGCUUGGCAGCACUGGCCUCAGAACCUUCGGCUGUCUGA